CAUGCGUUGAUGAUAGUGCCGUCGAUCUUAGAAUCACCGCACACUUCUUACUCAUUUGGGCUGUCACGCCGGGGCCAAAACCAGAGUGUGGAGCCUACAGUGUGGCGGUGGAGGGACAAGCUAGCCAAUGGGAGGCCAUUACAGCACCCUAUGACAAAAUGGAACCCCCACCAGCAGUGUGAGGAGACUGGGAAAGUGGCACACAUUGGGCAGAGUGUGGCGAUGGAGACAGCAGCAAUGGGAGGCCGUACAAAGGGACCCAUGGACACACUCUGGACCUGGCAGCCAGCAUGAUGAGGCGGUUACAGGAGGCCCAUGAACAGAUUACGGGCCCCUGGCAGCAGUCAGGGCGGGGGCGUGUAUUCGGGACCUCAAAUGACAUCUCACUCUGGACCUCGGCAGCAUAGUCAAAGAGGCAGGCUGGUACAGGGGCCCAU